AUGCCCGCUUUCCAGCCGCCGAAAAUGACAUACGAGAAGAACAAGGCCUGGAGACGAAUAGCUAAGCCGGACUUUCACAAUCCAAAAAUGAUAUGGGGCGACUACUGGCGGCGGUUCAAUACUAUCGCAGUCCCGCUCCUCGAUGAGGACGCCUAUUUCGCCGACAUUAUGGCUGCUGCAAAACACGCCGAGAAUCGUGGACACCUCGAGGAACUGCUCGCCGCGAAGCACGAAGAGCGCCGCCGAGAUCUCGACAAUUUCGUACGCGACAUCGCCCUUUCAUCCAUCAAUUUCCGACAGCACUUCUCGUCUACAAGUACCCGCGAUGCGGCACUCAAAAUUGGCCAAACUGGCAGUAUGGAUAGCUUCAUACAGUUUGUGUGUGGUGUUGUUUUCGGUUGG